AAUUGACUUCGGCUUCAUUUCAGUUUUGUUUGACGUCGAAAGAAGAUCUGGCAAUUGUGAAUUAAUAAGAAUUAUUUGAGAAUAUAAAGUUAUAAGAAAAAUGAAGCUUCGGUUUGCACUUUUCUUUCUCUUGGUGACUAAUUUGACAUUUUGUUACUGUGAGAAAAUAGCACUGCUGGGAUCGCCUUAUUUAUCAAAUUCAUCAUACAAAUUCUACCUAAUCACCGAUGGAAUGAUUCCACAGUCAACUGUUAAUGUCAACCUUAACACAGAUGAUAAUCCAAUUGAACUCAAGACAUUCGAUGAUUUUUCAAAGAACCUGAUUGAAUCUGAUUUUGCAGUUGAAAAUUCCAACAAUUACGAGUUAAAGGUAACAAUCACAAAAUGCAGCCAGUCAGUGAAUCUCAUUAGGACAUCAGAACAACCAAUGAUUUUUAUUUCUUUCAAUAAACCAAUUUACAAAACUGGCGAAGAAAUCAACUUUAAAGUUUUCGUCCUAAAUCAAAAACUGAUCCCAUUGAAGGAUUACAAGAAAAUGGACAUAGCCGUUUUUGAUUCCAACAAAAAUGCAGUUAAGAUCGUCAAAGAUGCAAUGGGUGAUCAAUUUGGUAUUUUUCGGGAAUCACUUCAAAUUGCUGAUGAUCCAUACUUGGGGAAUUGGAUGAUUCAGGUUCUUAUUGGUGAUAAAAAUGUUACAAAAAGUUUUGAGGUUCAAAAGUACGAUGAAGGUGACAUUGAAGUUCUUAUUGAUGCUCCAUCAACUGUAGCACAUUCAGAUCGUAGGAUGUAUAUGAGCAUAUAUGCCAAAAAUAGCGAUGAUAAUUUCGUAAGAGGAACUGCAUCAAUUUCUCUGAAAGCUUCAUUCGUCGGUCAACGCGAUGCAAAGAUUAACAAACCAAAUUUUAAGGAAGUUGAGCUGAAUAGCUUCAAAACAUCCAUAACUUUAGAUUUUUCUGAGGAUUUAGACCUGAGAUUCCCAACAUCUGACAUGAUUUUGAUGUUUGAAGCUAAAGUAACUGAAAAAUCAUCAAAAAUUUCAAAAACAGCUCAAAAAGAGAUCAAAUUGAUCCAUAAAGGAAGAAACACAAUCCAAGUUAUUGGAAAAAAGUAUUUUAGGCCAACAUUCAUGUAUCAAUUAAAGAUUAGAGUCAAGACACUCGACGGUAAGGCUGACAAUUCAUUUAAUCAACUGUCUAUGGAACUACAAUACAGCAAUGAUAGACCAUCUGAUGCUAAAAAAUACAACAUCAAUCUUAACAAAGGAGAAACUGUGCAAUAUCUACAACCUACAAAGGAUACAAAGAAAAUUAUUGUCAAUCUCGAAUUUGGAGGAACUAAACUUACAAAAGAGAUUCAUGUGUUACCUACUUUUGGUGUUGAGGAGUUUAUUCAAGUUACUGUUGUUAGCAAGAGCACAAAAGUUGGCGACCAAGUAAAACUGACAGUCAAUGCAACAGAAGAAAUGAAUGAACUUCAUUUGGUAGUUUUUGGAUUGCAAGGAAUUGUUUAUAGCAACAAGUUUCCAGGAUCAGUUGACAAAGACAUUUUUGAGGUCUCAUUUGAAUUAACUGAAGAAAUGAAGCCAGAAGCCCGUGGAAUUGUCUUUUACGUCAGGAAUGGAGUGAUGAUUUAUGAUGAGUUUUCAGUAUUGCUAGGAUUUUCAAUUGAUAAUUCGCUCGAACUGACAGCUGACAAAGAUGCCAAGCCAAACACAAUGACAACAAUUGGUGUAAAAACAGAAGUAGGAGCACAAGUGUUCCUUACAGCCAUCGACAGCACCUCAGCAUUGCUAAAACGAAACUAUGAAAUAUCGAGGACAGAUAUCUACAAUGAAUUAGUAUAUUACCUUAAUAAGAAGUUUCCAGGAGUCAGCAGAUAUCAACUUGAGAAGCUUAAUGCUUACAUUUUAGAACCAUUGAUUAAUGGACAGAAUUGUGGAUCAGAAUUGUCAAGUCGUACAAACAUUGCAAGUGAUGACGAAGAGGAAGUGAGAGACAAUGAAGUUCAUCAAUAUUUCCCAAAAGUAUAUUUUGAUGACAGCUUCAAUUCAACAUCUUUGGAUAUUCAAAAUAAGCAAAUGCAGGUCCCGAACAGCUUGUCAACAUUAAAGUUGUAUGGAAUUUCAGUUCACAAGACGAAAGGCUUUACAGUUGCCAAAGUUCAACCAGAAAUUUCUGUCAAAGAAGAGCUUUUGAUUCAAAUUGAAGUUCCGUCACUAAUUCGAACCAAUGAGAUCGUGCGAGCAGCAGUUUCAGCUUUUAACUUCCAAAAUAGUCUACAAAAUGGAAAAAUAGUUGUAACUAUUGAAAAUGGAUUCUUCAUGGAUGAGGAAGAAAGCAAAAUUAAAAAAGAUUGUUUGAUAUUCAGCAGACAUAAUAGUGUUGAUUCUUUGACAUUUAAUGAGCCACUUCCAGCAAAUGGCAAGCCAGUGACAGUAAAAUUCCUCGUUUCGACAGAUCAGCAAAAACCAAUUAAGAUAAAAGCAAAAGUCACAGCAAAUGACGACACAUAUGAAUCGGAGAAAGUAAUCGAUGUUUUGGGGCAAUAUAUGAUGGAAAAAACAAAUUUGAUGUCUUAUUUAAUAGAAUCUAAAGGAAGUAAUAAGUUUGAGAAGAAAAUUGAUUUCAGUUCAAAAGAUUUAAAAAGCAAUGAUGUUUACAUCACUCUUCACGGAGAUCUUUUUGGUGCAGCAUUCAGUGGAUUGGAGGCUAUAUUCAACAAGUCGAUGGUUCUCCCAGAAGAAAAAUUGCUAAAAUUUGCAGCCUCAAUAAUAAUUUACAAAUUCACUGAACUUGAUGGAUUUCAUAACGAAGCUGUUAACAUCAAAGCUAUGAACGAUAUGAUCAAAGGCUAUCAAGAAUCUCUCCCAAUUCUUCAGAAACUCAUCAAAGAAAAUCAGGAAAGUCAAUCAUGGUUUGCAUCAUUCAUUGCCGGUAUCUUAAUUGAUGCCAGUGAGUUCAUCUCGGUGGAUUCAAAAGUAAUUGAUGAUUUGCUAGAUUUUAUUAAGAAUAAAUUAGGAAGUAAGGAAAGUUUUGACUACAAAAAGCUUGAUGAUUUGCAUCGUGAUAUUGACAGUGGAGCAGUUCGUAAGACAGUUCAAACAGCCUUAAUUACUAACACUUUAUUGAAAAGGAAGGAAAAGUUUGGUGGACAAAUAUCAAAAUUGAUAAAAUAUAUUAAAAAUAAUAGUGGUGGAAGUGACUAUGUUAAAGCUAUUGUAGCUUACACGCUCACAUUAAAUGGAGAUACUUCAGAAGCAAAACCUGAUUACACAAAAACUUUACCAAAGGAUAAAUCUGCUAAUGUUGAACUACUUUCGUACAUAAUUCAAACAAAAAUCUUAACGGACAGUGAUCCAAAGGAUGAAGUUGACAUGCUGAUUUGCAACCAUAGAAAUGCUGACGGUGGGUUUUAUUCACCAUACGACACUGUUCUAGGCUUACAAGCACUUUAUGAAUACACAAAAUAUAAAGGCAUUUCAACAAAUCAUGCAGACUAUGAAAUUGGAAGAAAUAAAGGAACUUUAAAUCUAUUUGAGUCUGUAACUUUUAAAGUAUCAAAAGGAGAUACGAUUAAACUUAAUAGAAAUGUACUAGCUUAUGCCAGCCUUUAUUUUCAUCAAAAACAAGAUAAACCAACUAAAAUAUUCACAAUAAGUUAUAAUAAGGAGAAAUCAAGUGACACAUACACACACCUGGAAUUCAAGUUUACACCCCCAGAAAAAAAUCCAAUGCAAAGUAAUCAAUUUGUUCUUGAAGUGGAAAUAGCAAGAGGCCAUCGAUUUGUUGAACUAGCUGAAACUGAUGCCACCAUUAAUAAAUUUGAGCUCAAAAAACAUGGCACUGCUGCAGUUUUCUACAUUAAUUAUAUGGAAAUAAAUAAAAAAUAUAAGCUAGCUAUAAGAACUUCAAAAGUUUAUGAUUUCUACGCUACUGAGUCACAAAUUAUUUGGUUAUAUGAUUACUAUCGACCAAAUCUUCGAGGAAUCGCUUGGAUCGUUCAAGAUAAUAAUGCUAAGAAUUGUCAGUAAAAUUUAACAUUUGUGAAUUAAAUUUGUUUUUUUAAUAAAGUCAAAAAUCAUCAAUAAAGAAUUAAUUGAAAUUAACUCAAAUUAA